CCCCUCCCUCGUCCUUGCCGAGCGAAAGUAAAGCGGAGCAGCACGCCAGGGAGGAGGAAGGCCUUUUUAUAGCCGCCGUACAGUAGCGUAAGUGGAAGAAGAGGAGCUCUGUUCAGUUCGCCGAUGGCCGAGCAGCUGACGCAGUGGGGUAGCGUUGGACCCCCAGGCUUCUUCAAAUAGAAAUUGAAAGGAGGAGGAACGAGCGAAGGAGGCGGCGAAGAAGAAGAGGAGUGCGGAGCCGGAGUCGGUCGUUACGCAAGGCUCCAGAGCCAGCAUGCCUGUGCUGAAAAGCAUCGCUUCUGCCUGGCAGGGUCCUGUGAGGAGGACCGCGCGUGAAGUGGCGAGUGGCACAAAUGUGAACGAGAGGCUUAAAGCGGCCCGGGAAAGGAGAGAAGAGCAGCAGAGGUUACUCGCCUCGCGGGUGCACAGCAGGUUUGAGCGGGAGCGGCGGGCCAAGCUCCACUAUGAGCAGCAACUGCAGGAGCGCCAGAAGAAGCUGCAGGAGCAAAAACUCAAGGAAGACAUGAGGCGUGCUGCCGUGGAGGAGAAGCGACAGCAGCGUCUCAAGGAGGAGAAAGAGCGAAAUGAAUCCGCCGUGCGCCGGACCCAGGAAAAGAGCCAAAGAGCCCAAGAAAACUUCAGCCAAAACGUGAGAGGCAGGAAGCCCGCUAAAAACGCUCCACGUCACAUAGUGCUCAGCACAUGGGAGAAGAACCUGGUGAGUCGCCUGCUAACCCCCACAAGCUCUUAUCUGGCCCGGAGCAAGAGCGCUGUCGAUCAGUCGGCAGAAGAAGUUUCCUUUUACUCCACGACCAGUAGCAGCCCAAGUCGUACCCCGCAGAAGCUCCAGGACAACAGGCCGCAAAUCAAGAGGCCCCCAAAUCAGAGAGCCCAAGACCAGAAACCCCAGAUUCAGAAAAACCCAAAUCAAAGACUCCAGAUUCAGAGGCCCCAGAUUCAGAAGCCCCAAGGCCAGAGAUUACAGAACCAGAAACUACAGAUCCAGAAACCCCAAGUCCAAAGAUUACAGAACCUGAAACUGCCGAUCCAGAAACCCCAAGUCCAGAGAUUACAAAACCAGAAACCCCAGACCCAGAGACCUGUGAUCCAGAAAAGCCAGAACCUGAGACCCCCGACCCACAGGCCACCACCACCACAUCUGAGUCCCAGCCACAGCCAGAGACGAAACACCAGGGGUUUACAGCCCAAAGCAACCACGACACACAACGCUAAUAAGAAGACUCCAAACGUGGGUCCGAAUGCUCGUUCACCUCCAAACCACAAUGGUGCAACUAAAACAAGCAGAACAGCAUCGUCGCCAUCUCCAGACCGGGCUCAGAGGAGAUCAAGCCGGCGGCAUUCAAUCCCUCUUCAACUGGACCUCGAGUCGGUUCCCGAGGAGGACGUUCCAAUUUGCAACUCUGCCCUGUUACCUGGCAACUCCAGGCCUGCCAAAGUCUCCGCCGAAGACAAAAUAGAGGACUCGUCUGAGACUCUGAUCGACGAGUCAGAAGCUGAGAGCAGAACUGCGGGAGAUGGCAGUCCUUCCAGGAUGCUUUCCCCUCCACCCGAAGCCCCGCUAAGGCGCUCGAACGGUACUUCCGACCCAGAAGAGGCCUCUCGCUCGUUGGCCAUGAAGAGGCGAGAGGCUCGGCUGCUCAGGGACCUGGAGGAGCAGGAGAGCUUGGCAGCGGCCGAAGUUGAAAGGCGCAAUCGCGAGGAGCUGGAGCGCCGCGAGGCUGAGGAGCGAGCCCGGCAGCAGGCUGAGACUGAGCGCUUGAUCGCGGAAAAGCAAAGACGUGAGGAAGACGCGCAUCGGCGUGCCGAGGAGGAGAGAGCUCAGGCCAUGCAUGAAGCGGCGCUUCUGCAGAAGCAGAGGGAGGAGGAACAAGCUCGAGAGCGGGAGAAAGCGGCCCAGGCGCAGAAGGAGCGUGAGCUGGCCGCGCAGAAAGAGGAAGCAGAACGCCAAGUUCGGAAAAAGCGACUAGAGGAGAUCAUGCGGAGAACCAGAAGAACAGUUUCUCCUGACACGAAAUCAGCGCCGGUGAGCAUCUUACCCAAGGAGAACAAUGAGCCUCCUGUGCAGGAUGGCGUCAAGCUCCCGGCGGGUUCCAGGCCCUCACAGACGCUGAUGGAUGACAAAGACGCCAAUGAUGACAUGGUGCCUGUGGUGGCCUUCAAAGAGCGCAGGUCUCUCCGGACUCUCACGGGUCUGGAAGACAUCCAGACACACCAACGAGCAGAGGUCAUUUGAAUUGCACAUUCUCAGACAAGCAUGGAUGUCAGCACCAUAUUGUGAGGACUGCGAUAACAGCCAUCUUCUUCUCCAUCUGAUUUCAAGGAAAAUGUCCUUAAAGCAUCAAUUCCGCACAGCAAGAUAAUCAAUUAAUCGUGGCUUUUUUCCCUGAUACUUCACAUAGCAGUCUUGAACACUGUCGUCUCCGGUGUAGUGACAAUCACUUUGGUAUUUGUUGCCGUAGAAGCGCUUUUUGUGCAGGUCGCACCAUAACACACAAUCCCGUCUGUAGUAUGAGCAAACACAUUUACAAGCUGCUAAAGAACCCUUAAGUAGUUCCCAAAGACUGCUUUUUUAAAGUGUUGAAUAAUGUAUUUUUGCACAAAUAGAAGUGGCUUUGCUUAACAUUAUUAAUAUAUGCAAUCUCUAUCAAAGUAAUCCAUGGUAUUUUAUUAUUGUUACAUGAAAGCGUAAGAAACAAAUCAACAUGUUACGUUUUGGUCAUUUGUUAGCAAAUAGGUUCAAAUAAACUGUAAAAGUUAUGCUAUUCAUUUAAGGCUAUGUCUUUGUUGAAUGUAAAUUGUAUUAAAUUCACUAAAUGAGA